CUUUGCAGGACGUCAGCGAAGACUGCAGGGGCCUGAGCCUCCGCCGCCGCCUGCAGCCCCGCCGCCGCUCCUGGGGCCCGGUCGCCGGAGCAGUCGCCAGGGUCGCCGCCGUCAGCGUCGUCUCAGCUCGGAGCGGGCAAGGCCCUCUGCGCCCCGCCCUGCAGAUGGCAUCGGCCACAGACUCGCGCUAUGGGCAGAAGGAGUCCUCCGACCAGAACUUCGACUAUAUGUUCAAGAUCCUGAUCAUCGGGAACAGCAGCGUGGGUAAAACCUCCUUCCUCUUCCGCUACGCGGAAGACUCCUUCACGCCGGCCUUCGUCAGCACGGUCGGCAUAGACUUCAAGGUCAAGACAAUCUACCGCAACGACAAGAGGAUCAAACUGCAGAUCUGGGACACAGCAGGGCAAGAGCGGUACCGCACCAUCACCACAGCCUAUUACCGGGGCGCCAUGGGUUUCAUCCUAAUGUAUGACAUCACCAACGAGGAAUCCUUCAAUGCGGUGCAGGACUGGUCGACUCAGAUUAAAACGUACUCCUGGGACAACGCCCAGGUACUGCUGGUGGGGAACAAGUGUGACAUGGAGGACGAGCGGGUGGUGUCGUCGGAACGUGGUCGGCAGCUCGCCGACCACCUGGGGUUUGAGUUCUUUGAGGCUAGCGCCAAGGACAACAUUAAUGUCAAGCAGACCUUUGAACGUCUGGUGGAUGUGAUCUGUGAGAAGAUGUCGGAGUCGCUGGAUACUGCUGACCCCGCGGUCACAGGCGCCAAGCAGGGCCCGCAGCUCACCGACCAACAGGCACCUCCUCACCAGGAUUGUGCCUGCUGAGCACCCCCACACCAGGGGCAAGUCCCCCAUCCCAUCACCCUAUUUAUUAUCGUAGCUAUUUAUUUAUUUAUUGAGGAUGCUCCCUGGGCGCGUCCCCACCCCCGCUCUGCUGUGGUGUGCUGUAUAGCCCCUGCUCCCCACCCCUUAAGACACCCCCCUUUUUGGUUUCGUAAGCCACCCAUCCACAGUUGUCGGUCAUGAAGAGGGACCAGAUAUCACUGCAAAGCAGGCUGGUAGGCUCAUGGGAGAUGACGGGGCCUGCCAGCUCCGAGGCGGGGGGACUGCCAUGUGGACCACUGGGUCGACAGGCUGGCAUCCUGCUGGCCUGGGCCUUCUGCCCCGGGCUCCUUUAUCUUUGGGAUGGAUAGGAUGCGGGGAAUAUGUUCACUCUCACUCCUUGGGAAAUCCCCAACUUGUUCUGACGUCAUGAGUGUCCCCCACUCCCCUAGAAGUUAUCAACACUACACACCGUUCAAUAAAGCGAAUGGACCUUG